AUGACAGUAGCACUAAUCCAAAAGCCAUACUACACCUGCAAAGAAUCUCUCAUUAUCGAUAUCAAAAAAUGUUUGAAUCCUGAUAAUGUCGUUAUUAAUCAUCUACUUGAUCGAUCAUAUUCUCAUAUUGAUGAUAAAAAAGUAUUUUCAAAUGCAUUCAAACUUCUACAUGGUUAUCAUCAAACUCCAAAUGAAACAUUAGAUGCCUCAUUUAAUCAAAUAGUUGAUGAACCAUUAACAGCCGAAAAAAUAAUUGAAAUUAUAAAUAAUAAUCAACUAUUAACACCUUAUGUUGUUGAUAGUUUAAAACGUUGUCAUGCUUUACAUGAUAUACAAACAAUCAUUUCACAAUGUUUAGAUUUAGAAAAUGAUAUUAAUGAUAAAACUAUUCGUAAUCAAUUCGAAGAUUUAAUUGAUAAUCUAACGACACGCAUUUUAUUAACGAUAACGAUUGAAAGUAUGUCAUACGAAAGUCAACGUUUUCUAGCUAAUUUUAUUAAAAGAAAUGAUUUACCAAUACCAUUUACUUAUUAUGCAUGGAAUCCAGUUGUUGAAGAAUUGAAUUAUAAAAUUAAUUUUAAUUGUUUGAUUGAACCAUUAUGUUUAACAAGUGAUCGUCUAUAUUUACAAAUCGGUAGUGAUCGAUGUGCAGGUUUAGGUAAAACAAGUUUAUUACCAUUUAUAUUCAAUGACAAACGUAAAGAAUCAUUAUUUACUGAUGGUGAUAACAAGUAUCGUAAUUCAUGUAUCGAUAUUUUAUUUGGUAAAACAAAACAUUCAUCAUACACAAUUUUCGAUGUUCAUGGUACAAUUGAUGAGAAAAAUACAUCGUUAAUAAAAGCGAUUCAAGCUUAUACAGCAUUACAAGUAAUAUAUGUGACGGAAGAUGAUCUUCCUGAUCCAUCAUCGAAUAAUUCGAAAAAUGACUUUUUGAAUACUGUUAUGAACUAUUCAUCUUAUUCAUCAAGUAUACCGACAAUUGUUGUUAUAUUUAGUUCAGAUUUUGAUAAAGAAGAUAAAACACAAGAAUUAAUUAGUCGUUUUCAAAAUUAUUAUGCAAAUAAACAUGUUUCAAAUAUGUAUUGGUCAGUAUCAUCAAUGUCAACUACAAUGAAAGGAUUAAGUGAACCGAAAAGAAGACGACAUAUUGAACGAUUAAAAAGUCAAUUUUCUCAAAUAUUAGAAGAAAUUGAAAGUAAAACAACAACAACAGCGACACAUUCACAAUUUCGAUCAUGUUUUUCAAUACAAGAACUUUAUUUAAAUCUUAAAAAUAAAAAAAAUACAGAAGUAAAACGUAUACAUGUGAAAUUUGAGAUUGAAAAUCGAUUAGAAGAAUUAUUCAAAUCAAGUACAGAUCGAACAGAAAACUUAAAAAUAAUGACACCAACAAGUUAUUAUCGAUCAGAAAUGGAUACAAUAAAGAAAAAAAAACUAUCGAAUAUUAUGAAUGAUUCAACAACAAUAGAAAAUUUAGAUCGACGUCUAAAACAAUUCGAAAUUGAGAAAAAAUCAAAAGCUGGUUAUACUCCAUAUUCAUUAUUUAUGAUUGAAUUAUUAAAUAAUCUUACUUAUAUUGAUUUGUUAAUAACAGAUUUUUAUUUAGAAAAAUGGCGAUUAAAAUAUGUGCCAGGAAUUAAAGAAGAAAAAGAAAAAAUUAAAUCCGAAAAGAAUUUACAGAAGAAAAAAUUAAUUGAACAACAAAAAUUAAUUGAUCAUGAAAACGAAUCAACUGCUGCUUCAAAUAAAAACAUCAAUGAGAAACUUUUCAAUGAUUUGAAAAUGUUACGUGAAGAAGAUGAAAGAUUAAAAGAUCAGCUAGUAGAAAUUGAUAAAAAACUAGCUAAUGUUGAUUUAACAAUUGGUUUAUUUUGUGACGAAUUAUUUGAAUUAUAUGAUUAUUUUCAUGAUAACCAACCAGUUGAAUUAGAAAAAGCUCAAGAAGAUUUUGUUAAAGUGGCAAAAAGUAUUGCAAACUUGGUGAAUAAAGGUUUUGCUAUUCACAUGUUAAGAGCAAGACCAUUAAUUUGUCAAUCACGUUUAAUGAAAAUGGCAUUAGAACAUUUAUAUGUGAAAAAAUCUUGUCAAUUAGUUAUUUUAACUGUUGUUGGUGAACAAUCGUCUGCCAAGUCAUCAUUGUUGAAUUCAACAUUUGGUUGUAAUUUUCGUGUUAGUGCUGGACGUUGUACAAUUGGAAUGUAUUUAGGUAUUUCAUUUUAUAUUAUAACUAUAGGGACAAAAGAGUUAUUUGAAUUUUCCUAUCACAUUCACAUUCACAUUCGAUCAGUUUCAAUCAUCUUUCUUAGAAGAAUGAAUAGAGACAAAGUUGAUCAACAAUCAAAGUCAUGUAGUUAUAGUUAGGAUGUUAUUUUGGAAUGAAAAUAGAUAAUUAUUAUAUCAUCA